AUGUCGACAAGAAACUCGAAAAAAACUCUCAGGGCCAAUUUCGAAGCUAAACAACUAAAGGCCGAAGAGGAAGAAACACAGAGUAUAAACCCGAAAAUUCUGCUGGAAAGUGAAAGCAUUGCAACAGUUCGGAAAGAGAACCUGUUCAGUUCUGAGGUUACAGAGUCCGAGCAAGAUAUCAUUGAUAAACGGGUUGCUCUUCAACAGCGUCACUAUGCGGAAUUUGAAAAACGCGAGUAUGAACGCAAAGCCAAAAAAAUUCGCGAUAUAUUCGAGUUUUUAAUUGACGAUGAAAUUAAAGCUGCACUGUCGGAUUGUGAGAACGACGAGGAAGAAGUCAUCGUUCGAAUGACACAAAAUGGAUAUUUACAUCAGCUCCGAAAGAAACUAUCGGAAAAGCAAGGAAAGAUGUCUUGUAAGCAAAUCGCCAAAGACACAAGAGAUGUGUGGGAGGAGGGUGUGGUUGGUGAAGAACAAAAGGAAGCGUACGAACAGCUGUUAAAGAAGCGUAAAGAAACUCUUAGAAAGACUUCUGGUUUAUCAAGUAAAAACCAAUAUCACCGCAUGAAAGGCCGUCUCACACUCGACGAAGCUCUGAAACAAGUGCAGGAUAAUAACAAAGAUCUGGAAAAGGCUUUUGAGGGAUGGUCCGAAGCUCGCAUUAAAGCAUACAAAGCAAUUGAAACGAAACCAAAUACUUACUAUUAUCGAUUCAAUGCACCAGGGGAAGAGCAAAAGAAAGGGCCAUGGACAGAGGAGGAAGAGAAGCUCUUUUUUCAGAGACUUGAAGAAGUGGGAGCAGAUGGGCAAUGGGGUCUCUUCUCGAUGGCCAUACCAGGACGCGUCGGAUACCAAUGCUCAAAUUUCUACCGUCUACUUAUCGAAACCGGACGUAUCACCGAUCCUAAUUACGUGCUUGAUCCAAAAGGCAAAGCUCACUAUCUGUUUAGCACCAAAAACAAACAAACUGGUGUGACAGAGAAAACUUUUCGAACUCAUGUGAAACAUGGAAGUAGGAAUGCACGCGCAAGUGGUGGGUUGUCGAGCUCUAGUUCGGGUUCGAGUUACACUUUGAAGUCGUGGAACACUUCUAAGAGGACCAAGACAAGAGCAUCUUCUAGUAAAGAGGAGAGUGGAGAGGAAAUGGAUCCGUAUAUGCAGCAAAGGAACGAGAAUCCUUUGCCAGGAUUUACAGAUCCGAUCACUUUGGAUGAAGUGGUCAAGCCAGCAAUGUCGCCUUACGGACAUGUGAUGAGUUACGACAGCUGGGUUCGAUGCCUUUCGUCCGAGCCGACGAAGAAUAUUUGUCCGUUGACUAAAAGACCUCUGACAAAGCGAGAGCUUAUUAUCUUGACUGUAGACAAUAUCGAUCAGUAUAGGUCAGCAUCACACACAUCCGUGAAGAACAAAAUCGUGAAUAACCCUUAUUAA